AUGUACAAAGAGCAAAAAGAAAGGAAGAAGAAAACACCCCUUAACACACGCAAGGGCGGCGCUUACCACGGGAAGAGUCGGAUCUUUAUAGUGCACCUCGCCGGAAAGUCCAAGCUCCGAAUCGUGACGCAGAGGAAGAAGAAAGAAGAGGACAAAAAUUUCUUGCAAAUGGAAAGGAAAGUGGCAGAUAAAAGCGAACUGAAGGCCACUUAUAGUAAAGUCCGAAUCCCAAAGGUGACGUUCGGACUUCCUCUGACAACGCACCCUGCCCGAGGCGGGCCACGUGGCAACACAGGCACAAGGGGCAAGGCGUCUCGUACUAAGACCGCCCCAUGUUCAUUCCCCACAACGCACCAGGCCCGAGGCAGGCCAUGUGGCAGCACAAUAACAAGGGGCAAGGUGACUCGCGCCAUGACCGCCCCAUAG